AUGGAUAAUUCAAGCAAAAAGGCAGGAAAUAAUCGAAAAAACAUUCGUAUUAUUAAAAUUGAUUUUUUGGUAUACUUUACAGUGUUUAAAAAAACUUCCAGUGCUCAGUUCGAUGUGCUGGUAAAAGAGCUGGAGAAAAAUCCAGACUUGGCAAAAGGCGCUCCAAUGUUUGGUGCUAGUAAGAGCCUGGUAGAACUGCAGUGGAAUGAAUUAGCCAAUAAAUUAAACGCACAUGGACCUCCACAAAGAACAGCUACCGAAUGGAAAAAGAUUUGGGCUGAUCUUAAAAGCCGCACAAAGAAGAAAAUUGCGGAAAAUGCGUCCAGCAUGCAUGCCACAGGUGGUGGACCAUUCCGGCUUUCACCGCUCACCGAUUUGGAGAAGGCCAUCGACCGGAUCUUGCUGGUGUCAAAAGCGGCCACACCAAGUGGUACAGUUCUCAGGCAAGCACAGGCCAUUGAAAGUUUGCAAGACAAAUUUGUUUAG